UUCUUAACCACAACUUGGCUAUACGUCCGUGCUAAUGUUGUACUUGUUGAAUUUGUACCUUAUAACGUUCGACAGCUGAAGUUGUUGUUGUACAAAAAUAACAUGCGGUAUAUACUAUAUAGUCUAUAGCCUAGCUAGCUAUUUUCGAAAACCGGACAACGAGAGGAUACCAUAGGCAGCGUUAAGAUGGACACCACCGGGAAAACGUAAGCCAGGGCGGCCAAAAACACCUGGUGAAGAACAGUUGAAGGGGAGCUGAAAGAGAUGAAGCUUACAUGGGGCGAGGCACAGAGACGAGGACAGCAGCGAGAUGAAUGUCGUCGAGUCGUCGAAGCCUUAUUUCCCAUCCGAGAAGAAGAGGAUUAAGUUAAAUUGCCUCGUUUUGCUGGUUUUUAAAGACAAGUCAGACAAAGCCCAGGGCAACAAGGAGCGCGCCACCGUCACCCUGGAGGACAUCUGCGGCCUGGAAACAGGACAGUGCUACGAGGACGUGGCCUUCACGCUGGUCAUUCUCUGCCUUAACCAGGCGGCGCUGCUGGGCUUCGACAGUAGGGACAACCUACAGGCGUGGGAGGGACACUUGCGUUACAGCCUUGGGGAAGUUCACAGGUUCAACGUCGGAGUCCUCGCGGGUACCAAGUUAGAAAGCGGACCAGCUACUCUUCACCUGUGCAACAACUUGCUGGCCCUCGUCCGAGACGUCCCCCCUGUCGUCAUCGGCCAUUGGAACCUUCCGGAUCUACGAAGAUAUGGGCCCGUACCCAACGGAUUUGUGUUUGAGGGAGGAACACGCUGCGGUUACUGGUCUGGCGUUUUCCUGCUCACGUCAUCUGAAAGUGAGCAGAUCAGCUUCCUGUUUGAUUGCAUUGUCCGAGAAAUCUCCCCCACCAGGGUUCCGUUUGGACUGAUGCCAGUCCUGCCAGAUCCUGGCACCAGUCAGACCAACUUUGAGGAAAAGUUGAACCACGAGACGCAAGAACUGGAGAAGCGACUUAGCAUGUUCUCCAAUCAGAACAGCAUGGUGUACUCCACGUUCAGCAGCGACGACCGCAGCAUAUCGGGUUCAUCCGACAACUCAGACACCAGCCAAAUGGAUAGCAGCAUUUCCAGCCGUUUGGCCAUUUGGACUGAACGGCCAAUGGCUUACCACCCUAAAGUGGCGAGCGUGGAGAAGUUGUCUGCUAACCAGGGUGAUGGACAUAACCUGGAUGCCAAAGCCCCGAGACAGCUGCAGGAAAUUGGUCGGCAGAGCUCCUCGGAUAGCGGAAUCGCCACUGGGAGCCAUAUCUCGUAUUCUGGAAGUUUAUCCUCAUACACGGGGAGUCUAGACAUCUGUGAGGACUUUGGUUCAGUUUUUAGCCUGCCACCCCACUUGGCUCAAGAUCUGAGUCCUUGUUGUUGCGCCAAAGGUCCAGAAGGCGAGUACAAGGUACCCACAUCACUCAGGUAUCUGUAUGACACCCCGAGAAAUCUGAUCCAGGGGGAAGGUGGGCAAACGGUGGACACCAAUCACCAAAGUCACCUGAUAGAGUCCUUAAAAGGGGUUAUUUCAAAAACACCACUAGUGUGCUCGCAUAGGUCUUCCGGGGAGAGAGGCAUGAAGCGGAAUGACACUGAGUCCUGUCACUUGUUCAGCUCUCUUACAUCCAAAACGAUAGUGACCAUUUGUGCAACAUGCGGUGGGUUUCAGGGGACACCACCCCCCAUAAUCAACCUUGCCAGCGGGGCAAUGUUGCCUGCUGUACCAGCAGAUCGGAAUGUUGAGAAAUUAUCAUCGCCCAUUUCGGACCGGCCGUCAAGUGAGGGAUCGCCAAUGCCUAAAAAGGGGCGAGAGAAGCUAGCUAGCCUCUUCAACGAACUCCUGCGCUACCCCAAGGAAUGGAAACCCAACCGACGGAACUUGUAUGAAGUCAUGGCCCCCGCACCGUUAUACCCGCACCUCAUAACCCUACCGCCUGGCAAUUGUGCUUCAACAGUCAUUUACGAAGACUGCUUUAAAUGCCAGAGGGCACGCUGUCACCCGCCCCGAAAGGGCGCGCCUCUUGGAUUAAAAUGGAAUGGUAAAAUAUUCAGCGAAGUGCAAAGUUUUUUGACUGGGCUGCAACUGAAAAGAAGUUCAGAAGAUGAAGAUGCUAAAAAGUUGCCCGGAUCCCAGAUGGUUGGUGGUCAAAACCCAGAUGAAGACCAGAAUGGUCAGGCAUUGCACCGUGAAGUCAAUGGGCCUUGUGUCAAAGAGGAGGGUCGGAGAGCUGAUCCUGCCUAUGAAAUCAUGGGGAGAAACUCUGAGAGGGACGAAAACAAUAAGUACAAGCUGAUGGUCAACUGCGGUCCGCAAAUGUUGCUGCAAGAAUCUGAAGGAACAACAUUCCCCCUGGAAGCGUCUCCUGCCGAAAGGCCUCGCAGUGCCGCUGUGACGUACGUCAAUAUUCCAGUGAGUCCAACGUCCAAGAAGCAGCUCAAUUACAUGGAGCUGGAGCUGCAAGAGCACAGCGCCCGAAGUUCCGCACUGAGGAAGAGUUCCACCAAAUAUGCCUACAUCGACAUCACGGCCACGGAGGCAGCCCAUGUAGUGGGUAUCCAGCAUGCCUUGGGGCGCCAGGAGGGUCUCCACACCCUGGAGCUGAGGAGGAAGGGGGUGCCGCAUUGACCUUGUGUAUUGUAUGACACUAAUGACAAUUAGUGUCAUUACCUAUUUAUGUUAUUUGCGUGUGAUUUUUUUAAAUGUAAUUUUUAUUAGAAUGAAAAACACUUUUCAUAUGUGUAAAUAUAUUUUCUUGUGACUGCUAAUUCUAUUUAAUGAUCAUGUACUGUACGUAUGAGGAAAAAUACAUGGCUACUAUUUGUUCUAUUAUAAUUUUGUGAUUUAUUUUUAAUGCCAGUAACGACUUGUGCUAAUCAAACGUUAUAUAAGAAUAAUAAAAUAACUGAAAAAACAUUUGAUAGUUUUUCCCCCCACACUGAUGGCGUAAUGAACAAUAAUAUAUAGAAAUGACCCAAAAUACAUUUAAAUGUGAUGAACACGUAAAUGUAAACAUUAUAUUUAAGUCCAUGGUAAAUGAAAUAGGCAGCAGCAGAUGAAAUAAGUCCGUUCUUGGCAGUCAGUAGCCAUGCAAAUGUCUGCACGGCCAAUUUGAUGCUGAGCUCAACGAACGAAAGAACAGAAAAGGCAGAAAGAGCAGCAACUCCAUUUUAACUCCAUUUUGUUUAUAUUUAUAAAGACUAUUUUCUUGUUUUGUCAAUCCCAAUGAUCAAAGUGUACUAAAAAGAUAAAUUACUGUCCCAAAUGUAACAUACUGUAACAAUACUCAUUUUUUACUAUCUUAUUUAGUAAAAUAAAUUCAGUUCACCCCUCCAAAAAACUGUAACACUCAAAAAUGGGAAUAUAAAAGUAUACCUGUACGAGAUGAGGAUUGUUGAUCUUAUUGUCAGUUUUUGCUAUAAUAUAACUAAUCACUACUUGAUUAGAGUUUGUCAUGAAUAAGCCACAUUUUCCUGCAUAAAUAUUACACUUUGUUUAAGAAACAGCAUCUACACAAAUGGUGUAUUUUCCAUGGAAAAAUUUUAUUUUUCCACAACUCUUCACUCGAAACUAGUACAUUUUACCCAGAGGUCGGUAGUAACGCACUACAUUUAUUUGUUACAUUUACCACAAGUACCUUUUGUGGGCUUACUUUACUUUGUCAGGAGAAGACACUUUACUCGUAAUUGCAAAAGGUGUUCUGCAAAAAUUAAACGGGGAGGGUUAAAGACAAGCUUCAGCACAAUCAAAUCUGAGAAGUCACCUUAAAAUGUGAAGAUUUGUGGAGCAGUACUAAGCUGCCUGUGCUGCUACGUCGAGACCUAGCGUUAAUUGGGGCGACCGCAGCAAACGUAAAGCCACAGGACUGAUUAGAAAGUGUUUAAAAAGAAAAGACCGAAGGGCAAAAGCAUGUGACAAUAAAAUGAGUAGUUGUUUAUAUUUAACCUCAUGGUUCAUAUGGAGACACAGGCUUUAUUUACUGUUUAUAAUUUGUUAGUGGGAAAAACUGCACUUCAUUAUUUUAACCCUGAUUUCUUUAUGUUCUGCAAUUGAAUGUUGCGUUUCUAAGGGGCAGGCACUCAUUGCAUUAUUUUAUUAUGGUCAGGGAAAAAUAUCCAUCCAUUUUCUACCCAUUGUCCCUUACGGGGUCGUGGGGGGUGCUGAAGCCUGCAUGUCUUUGGAGGUGGGAGGAAGCCAGAGUACCUGGAAGGGAACCCAUGCAGUCACGGGUAGAACAUGCAAACUCCACAAAGAAAGAUCACAGGACCGAACCCAGGACCUUCAUAUUGUGAGGCACACACACUAACCCCUGUUCCACCGUGCUGCC